AUGAGGCUUUUCAUCUUUCUGCGCAAGACGAACCUUUGGUUUAGCUCGAAGUGCUUCUGUGCAACUCGCCCUAUUCUCGCCAUUGCAGCCAUGCAACACUUCUUCGCCAACCGACAGACUGUUGCUAACGUGAGCUUGAAGGCUGAUUGGCCAAGAAUGCAGUUUCAGGAUGCCGUUGGUGAUGUUGGUGGUCUUGACGCCAGGAUGCACAUCCCUGUGCUCAACACCGGAUAUGCCCUUGUUACUGGUGCAGCAGCCGGAAUCGGCAAGGAGGCGGCCUUUGCAUUCGCUGAGGCCGGUGUUGAAGGCGUGGCCUUCGCCGACUUGAACGAGCAAGGCGCUCAAGAGGCUGCUGCGGAGAGCAAGAAUUACGCCACCAACGCUAAUUAUCAGAGCCUCGUCAUCAAAGUGGAUGUGGCCGACGAGAAUGUUGUACAACACAUGGUCGACGCUGUUGUUAAAGCAUUCGGUUGGAUUGACUACGCUGUGAACAGCGCCGGAGUAAAGGCCUCAAGUUUCUUUCUGUGUCCUAAUCUAGAAAUUUCUGCACGGCGUGUUGACUCUUCGCAGAUCGGCAAUAUUUCCGGUGCCAUCACUCCAAAUCUGAAGCUGGACGUCUUUGACAAAUCUGUCGAUAUCAAUAUCAAGGGAGCAGUUUACUUCGUUCGCGCGGUUACCGCAGCUAUGGCUGCCCAGGACGAGCUCACGCACGUCAGCAGCAGCCGUCAUGGUAACACGACGCGCAGCCUAGGCCGAGGAUCUAUCGUCCUUCUCGGGUCCAUCACUUCGUACAUUACCGGCCCAGGAAUGCUCAACUAUACUACAUCAAAGCACGCAGUCAUUGGCAUCACCAAGUCCGCUGCAAUGGACUGCAUCAAUUCUCGCAUCCGAGUCAAUGCUGUCUGCCCCUCCUGGGUCGAUACGCCCAUGAACCACGCCAGCCUGCAGCGCAUGCCCCAGCUGGGCCAUUUAAUCAAAGCCAUCUCCUCUCUCGGGCGUGUCGCCACCGUAGAAGAGGUGGCGGAUUAUAUUGUGUUCUUGAGUAGCCCGAGUGCCAGUUACAUCAAUGGAACGGGAUUGACCAUCGAUUCGGGUAUUUCGAUGGGCAUUCACGUCCCGGGAAGCAAAUGA